GUUCCACGCGGCCGUUGGAUAAAGGGGGGCUCCCUCCUCUUCUCUGGUUACCAAGAGCGCUUCUUUGGCUCUUUCCCUCUACUUAGCGGCGAUCUUCUCCGAGGAAGGGGAGUUCUCUCAUUCCGUCGCCAAUCCUCUAACGAUAUGCAAUAUUUCUUGUGCAGAGCUGUAGAAAAUGGCUGAUGCCGAGGAUAUUCAACCUCUUGUCUGCGACAAUGGAACUGGGAUGGUCAAGGCUGGAUUUGCUGGCGAUGACGCACCCAGGGCGGUAUUUCCCAGCAUUGUAGGCCGACCUCGCCACACAGGUGUCAUGGUCGGGAUGGGCCAGAAGGAUGCUUAUGUGGGUGAUGAAGCUCAGUCCAAAAGAGGUAUCCUCACUUUGAAAUAUCCAAUCGAGCACGGGAUUGUCAGCAACUGGGAUGACAUGGAGAAGAUCUGGCAUCACACCUUCUACAAUGAGCUUCGUGUUGCCCCUGAGGAGCACCCUGUGCUCCUCACUGAAGCCCCACUCAACCCUAAAGCAAACAGAGAGAAAAUGACCCAGAUCAUGUUUGAGACUUUCAAUGUGCCUGCCAUGUAUGUUGCAAUUCAGGCUGUCCUUUCCCUAUAUGCCAGCGGCCGCACAACAGGAAUCGUUCUGGACUCUGGUGAUGGUGUGAGCCACACAGUUCCAAUAUAUGAAGGAUAUGCACUCCCUCAUGCCAUCCUUCGUCUGGAUCUUGCUGGUCGUGAUCUCACAGAUGCAUUGAUGAAGAUUCUUACGGAGAGAGGUUAUUCUUUCACCACAACAGCAGAACGAGAAAUUGUUAGGGACAUAAAGGAAAAAUUAGCCUAUGUUGCCCUUGAUUAUGAGCAGGAGCUUGAAACUGCCAAGAGCAGCUCGACUGUAGAAAAGAGCUAUGAACUGCCUGAUGGACAGGUUAUCACUAUUGGGGCUGAGAGGUUUAGGUGCCCCGAGGUGCUCUUCCAGCCUGCUUUGAUUGGUAUGGAAGCUGCCGGAAUUCAUGAGACCACAUAUAACUCCAUCAUGAAGUGCGAUGUUGAUAUCAGGAAGGAUUUGUAUGGGAACAUUGUUCUCAGUGGGGGCACAACCAUGUUCCCUGGAAUUGCUGACCGGAUGAGCAAGGAAAUCACUGCCCUUGCUCCAAGCAGCAUGAAAAUUAAGGUGGUUGCUCCACCGGAACGGAAAUACAGUGUCUGGAUUGGAGGAUCCAUCCUUGCCUCCCUCAGUACCUUCCAACAGAUGUGGAUUUCUAAGGGAGAAUAUGAUGAAGCAGGACCAUCCAUUGUCCACCGGAAGUGCUUCUGAGAUUUUGAAGACUGAUAGGUUUUUCCUUGUGUUUAGGCGAUUUAUGGACUUUAUUAUUUGAGUGUUCUUUUCCUCUCCCUUCGAGUUUGCUGAUGAUAUGUUCUAUUUGAAUGUAUAAAUUCUCUUAUUAUGUCAUAUUGACAUAUUAUUUUGUAUUGCUGUGAUAAAACUUUAAAUUGUUUUGUUAUGAUCAAUUCUUCCUCCUAUUUGAUUCAUGCAGCAA